AAUGGCGCCUACCUAAUGUACUCGUGUGUUGAAUAUUUGUUUUUCAAUAAUUUAACUGUUUAAUUAUAGAUUCACUUAUAGUGUUUAGUUUAAUUUUAUUAGAUAGGUUGACAGUGAAGAAUUUUUACCAUAGUUUAUAUUGCGGCAGAAAAAAAUGGAUUCUGAAGUUGAUCGUAAACGCAAGAAGGAUAAACAUCACGAUGAUGACGAAAAUCGCAAAGAAAGUAAGUCAAGACGACAGAGAUCACGUUCGAAUUCACCAGGAAACAGACGAAACAAUGGUUCUCGACGAAAAAGAAGACAUUCAAAGUCGAGGUCUCCUGAUAUACCGAGGAAACAGGAGCGCGAUCGCGACCAACCGCCACCAGAUGCAGAGGUGAAGAAAGAAGGCAGAGAACGGAAGAAUAAAGACACAGACAUGGUGAACACCAGGACCGGAGGGGCCUACAUCCCCCCCGCGAGGCUGCGCAUGAUGCAGGCCCAGAUCACCGACAAGUCUUCAAUGGCCUACCAAAGAUUGGCGUGGGAAGCCCUGAAGAAGUCUAUUCAUGGGCAUAUCAACAAAAUUAACGUGGGCAACAUAGGCAUCAUCAUUAAAGAGCUUCUGAGAGAAAACAUAGUCCGUGGUAGAGGUCUGCUGUGUCGAUCAGUUAUUCAAGCACAGGCUGCUUCACCCACAUUCACCAAUGUGUAUGCUGCUCUGGUGGCCGCCGUCAACUCUCGCUUCCCCAACAUUGGUGAACUGCUGCUCAAAAGACUCGUCAUACAGUUCAAGAGAGGCUUCAAACGUAAUGACAAACCCUUGUGCAUAUCUUCAGCUUCAUUCAUAGCUCAUCUUGUGAAUCAACGGGUAGCUCACGAGAUUCUGGCUCUGGAGCUGCUCACGCUACUAGUGGAGACUCCCACCGAUGAUUCUGUUGAAGUGGCCAUUUCAUUCCUGAAAGAAUGUGGACAGAAACUGACUGAAGUAUCAUUGAAGGGAGUGAAUGCUAUAUUUGAGAUGCUCCGGAACAUUCUGCAUGAGGGGCAGUUGGACAAGAGGGUGCAGUACAUGAUCGAGGUGAUGUUCCAGGUGUGGAAGGACGGGUUCAAGGACCACCCGGCCGUGCUGGAGGAGCUGGAGCUGGUGCCUGAGGAGGACCAGUUCACUCACCUGUUGAUGCUGGACGAUGCCACCGAUGCACAGGAUAUCCUGAAUGUCUUCAAACUUGAUGAGAAGUAUGAGGAAAAUGAACAAAAGUACAAGAAUUUGUGUAAAGAGAUACUUGGCUCUGAUGCUGAGUCCGGGGAUGAGGAUGGCUCUGGCUCUGAGAGUGGCAGUGAGGAGUCUGGUGAGGACGAGGAGGAAGGAGAAGCCAAGCCUGUCACCAUCAUUGACAACACAGAAACCAACUUGAUAGCUCUACGAAGAACAAUCUACUUGACCAUCAACUCCAGUUUAGACUUUGAGGAGUGCGCCCACAAGCUGAUGAAGAUGCAGCUGAAGCCCGGGCAGGAGGUGGAGCUCUGCCACAUGUUCCUGGACUGCUGCGCUGAGCAGAGAACCUACGAGAAGUUCUACGGCCUGCUAGCACAGAGGUUCUGUAACAUUAACCGGAUAUACAUUGCUCCUUUUGAAGAGAUCUUCAAAGAUUCAUAUGGCACCGCACACAGACUGGACACCAACAGGUUGAGGAAUGUCAGCAAGUUCUUUGCUCAUCUCCUAUUUACUGACUCCAUUAGUUGGGAAGCUCUGGAGUGCGUCAAGUUAAAUGAGGAAGACACUACCAGUUCAAGCCGUAUUUACAUUAAGAUCCUAUUCCAAGAAUUGGCUGAAUACAUGGGCCUGAAGAAGUUGAAUGACAGAUUGAAAGAUCCGACACUUCAAGGAGCCUUUUCCGGGAUAUUUCCAAGAGACAACCCAAAGAACACUAGGUUCUCCAUUAAUUUCUUCACUUCGAUUGGUUUGGGAGGAUUAACAGAUGAGCUGAGAGAACACUUGAAACAAAUGCCUAAGAAUCAGCCGCCGCCGGCGCAGAUCAAGGUGGCGAGCGACUCGUCCAGCUCCAGCAGCUCGUCCAGCUCCGACUCCAGCUCCAGCUCCGAGUCCGACGACGACGAAGACUCAAGCAAAAAGAAGAACAAAAAGAAGAAACAAUCGAAAACACCCAAGACACCUGAACCUGAAGGCAAUGACAAGGACAAAGACAAGGAACGGUGGGGCCAUGACGGCUUCUACGAUACUUACGGGAAAGACGCGCGACGCACCGAGCCCCAGCGGGACCGAGACAACUUUGUCAUACCCAGGGACAUGCGCGACAGAAACGCCAGCUCGUCCAGAAGAAUCGAGGAGAGACAGAGAGAGAGGAACGGAAUCGGAAAAGGACGCGACGAUAACAGAGAAGGAAGCGCCAGGCGAAGAGAUAAUGAGGAGAGACGAGACAGAGAAUUGGGACGCAAUGAGGAUCGGGAUGAUGAGAGUAGGUCAAGGCGACGGGAGCCAGACAAUGAUGAUGAACCAAGGCGCCGGCGGGAACAAAACAAGAAUGAUUCUAGAUCGAGGCGUAGAGAAGAAAAAGAUGAUGACGACCCACGGUCGCGCCGGCGGGAACAAGAUAAGGAUGAAUCUAGAUCGAGACGUAGAGAUGAAAAGGAUGAUGAUGAGCCAAGGAGACGGCAAGAUAAUGAAAGAGAAGAUAGACGAAAGGAUAAGAGAGAUGAUGAGGAUGACUCGAGAUCUCGGCGUCGGGAAGAAAAAGAUGAUGAGGAACCCAGGUCGAGGAGGCGAGAGUCUGAUAGAGAAGAUAGAGACACAGGUAAAAUAAAGGAUAAGAGAAAUGGUGAUGACGAUUCGAGAUCACGCCGUCGGGAUGAGAGAGAUGACGACGAACAGAGGUCUCGACGUCGUGAGCCAGAGCGAGAUGAAAGGGAAACCGAGAGGCGAAAAAACAAAGAUGAUGAUUAUGAAGAUUAUAGAAAGGCAAGAGAUUCGGACAAAAAUAGAGAUAUUAGGGAUAGUAGAAAUGGUGAUGAUGAUAGCAGGUACAGCAGCCGGAAAGAUAAAUCAAGAGAAGAUUACAGGGAGAAAAGAUGUGAGGAAUCAGAAGUCAGAGAUUACAGACGCUACUAUGGGGAAGAAGAUGCCAGCUCUAGAAGUCGUAACGACAAAGACGUAUCUGACAAAGAUAGUGACUCUGCUAGUGAUGACGAAAAGCAAUCAAAGAAGCGUGAAAAGAAAAAGUCUAAAAAGAAGUCGAGGUCGAGCGAAAGUGACGAUAGCGAAGGCGAGAAAAGGAAAAAACAUAAGAAAAAGAGUAAGAAGCGUGAAAAGGAGAAUGAAUGGGACAUCAAGAACAAGAGCGCGCUAGAUAAAGAAAGAAAGCCGAGUGUCCGGAGAGACACGAGGUACGAUCAGGACGCUGACGAAUGGGACAUCAGACGGGAGAGUAGCAUAAAGAGAGAAGUGCCCACAAGCUACUGGGGUAGUUAUAGUACUUCUAACAAAAAGCAGGACCGUUGAGAUGUAAAUAUCGUUUAGAUCUUAAAAUUGAAAAAUAGGAAAAACUGGUUUAUUUUGUAAGUUUCAUUAUUAGUAAAAUAAAUGUAUGAAUUUCAAAAUAA